CGCGGGGCUUUACAUAGGAAAAUACCGACACAGUAGCAGCAGCAGCCAGUGCUCGUGUAGCAAGUGCGGCGCGCUGUCCCUGUACUACGGUUAUCGUACACCAGGAGGAUCAGCUAAGCACGUCGCGGGGAUGACGGAGGUGAAGAAGGACGACGUCGUCAAGAUUCUGCACACCUAUCCGCUGUGUCGGAAAUGCGACAUGACGGACGAGAUGAAGCAGGAGGCGAUGGAGCUGUGCGUCACCGCGGCCGAGAAGUACGCCGACAAUUACGAGUCGGUCUCGCGCAUGAUCAAGGAGACGAUGGACAAGCGCUUCGGCGCGAGCUGGCACACCGUCGUGGGCGAGGGCUACGGCUUCGAGAUCACCUAUCAGCUCAAGCAUCUGCUCUACAUGUACUGCGCCGGCAAUCUCGCCAUCUGCAUCUGGAAGUCAUCGUGAACGUGCGGAGCAGAAAAAAAGAAGAAGAGAGUAUGGAAACUCGCGUGUCAAUUGUGUCCGAUAAAAAUUGCCUUUGUCGAAAUUUUUAAAUAUUAUAAUAUAUAUUUAUACACAAAUUAUAUUUACGAAAAGUGCGUUACCAAGAAAAGUCAUAAUGAAGAAUUUUAUACAUUACGUACAAUGUAUGUUCGUUCGAGUACAAAUAUUUCUUUGAUUUAGACAUAUUUAGAAUUGUUUAGCUUGUUCUCGCUCGAUCCGAUUUUGUAUUGUUUCAAUUUAGUUUCGUAAUUUUUCAACAACUUCGUCGUUAUUUGUAUAAUUAAGCUCUCGAAUUAGGAUCAGGACUGAGUACUGUUCACUCAACCACAAAAUACCGAUAAGUAUUAACAUUGAUCGCACAUCGACGAUGUACGAUUGCGCCACCGGACGAGCAGCAAUAUUUUAUAAUUUAAUUUAAUAAUAUUACAAAAAGUACUACUUUCAAGUACUCGUGUACUUCAAAAUCGAAAGUAAAGUUAAGAGCCUCUCUCGAUAUGCCUGCGAAGAGCAAAAAACAUUCGCUAUUCGUGCUAAUUGCAAUAUGUCAAUUGUUUUUUUUUUAUUUCGCUAGCGAAUUAUAAUAUACGUUUGCCGAGUAAACUUUGUAAUUGUUACCGAUGUAGGCGUACUUCGCAUUAUGUAUUUAUUAUAGCAUAGCCAGUAAGUAAUUAAUCGACGUUGAAACAUUUUAUAGAUUAUGCCUGUAAAACGUCCAUUUACGCGAGAAAUAUUAUAUAUAUUAUUAUAUGUAUACAUGUACACGACUUUUUUAGCACUUUUUAAAAAGCAGUACAAGAUAUAUAAUAUAUACACGCGAAAUCGUAAAACCAAAGAUGAAAAUAUGUGAAAACGCGUAUUUCUUAUUUUCGAAACUAAACGACAACAAAAAAACCAAUGUAUAAUGCCUUAUUUGUGCACCAGAAAAAAAAAAUAAACGCGAACACUCCUUCGAGCGCCAAUGAAAGUAUCGUAUAAAAUAAUUGAAACAUUAUGUAUAUUCGUAUACAACUACCAUUAUUUAUAAGCCUAUAAUGUACACACACCGAGAUCGUCGAAUUGUACACAGCAUAUUGCCGUGACGAUUCUCACGAAUAAAAAUU